CUUGUAUUCUGCUAUCUCAACACGGGUUUACUCAUAUCUGCAGUUCUCUAUAUUCCUAUAAUGUUAAGCGUUCUGAAACAUUCCCAUUUAGCAUCCGUGCAGCUUAAUACUCCGCAAAGAUACAUUUUCUGGCAGACAUUUAUAGUUUUCAUAUUCAAGUCGAUGCUGAUUCUACCUCUUGCCGAUUUCGCCCGCGAUGUGUGUUCAAUUUAUGGUUUUGUGAGUUCUUCUGUGAUUUUGGACUUGUUCACAAUACCACUUAUCGUGCAAAUCGCGUACUUGGGAUGUAACCGUCGGAAUAUGAAGACCUUGUUAAAAUCGACCAAUUUGAGACAGUUCUUGACAGUCGUUGUAUUUGAUGUAACGUCUAGUCCGACUGUGGAGCCACACGGAUUCUAA